CGCAACCGGCCGAGAGGCGCGGGAGGCAAAUGAAGAUAAAACAAUGUCAGCCAACCUAAAAUACCUUUCCUUGGGAAUUUUGGUCUUUCAGACUACCAGUCUGGUUCUAACGAUGCGUUAUUCUAGGACUUUAAUGAAAGAGGAGGGGCCUCGUUCAUCUACAGCCCUGGUUUUUGCUGAACUUUUGAAGAUAAUGGCCUGCAUUUUAUUAGUCUACUAAGACAGCAAAUGUAGUCUAAGGGCACUGAAUGGAAUACUACACGAUGAAAUUCUUAAUAAACUUAUGGAAACACUUAAACUUGCUAUUCCAUCAGGGAUAUACACUCUUCAGAAUAAUUUACUCUACGUGGCACUGUCAAAUCUAGAUGCAGCUACUUAUCAGGUCACAUAUCAGUUGAAAAUUCUUACGACUGCAUUAUUUUCUGUGUCGAUGCUUAGUAAAAAAUUAGGUGUGUACCAGUGGCUCUCCCUAGUAAUUUUGAUGACAGGAGUUGCUUUUGUACAGUGGCCCUCCGAUUCUCAAGAGCUUAAUUCUAAGGAACUUUCAGCUGGCUCACAAUUCGUAGGCCUCAUGGCAGUUCUCACAGCAUGUUUUUCAAGUGGCUUUGCUGGGGUUUACUCUGAGAAAAUCUUAAAAGAAACCAAACAAUCAGUGUGGAUAAGAAACAUUCAACUUGGUUGCUUUGGGAGUAUAUUUGGAUUAAUGGGUGUAUAUGUUUAUGAUGGAGAACUGGUAUCAAAGAAUGGAUUUUUUCAGGGGUAUAACCGGCUGACCUGGAUAGUUGUUGUUCUUCAGGCACUGGGAGGCCUUGUAAUAGCUGCUGUUAUUAAGUAUGCGGAUAACAUUUUAAAAGGAUUUGCAACCUCUCUGUCCAUAAUAUUAUCAACACUGAUAUCUUAUUUUUGGCUACAAGAUUUCGUACCAACCAGUGUCUUUUUCCUUGGAGCCAUCCUUGUAAUAACAGCUACUUUCCUAUAUGGUUAUGAUCCUAAAUCUGCAGGAAAUCCCACUAAAGCAUAGUGGUAAUACUGUCUUUAUCUGGUUUUUCACAAUGGUGCACUAGGAAUCUCAACAUUAAUCCUGCACAUAGGACUUCUACAGAUUCUAAGAAAAAAAUCAUUAUGCUGAAUCUGAUCAUAAUGUUCAAAUGGUUUGAAAAUAUAAAAGUUUAAGGAUAAAAUAUAUGUAUAUGUAAAAAAUGCCUAUUGCAUCUAG